AUUAUGAUAACGGUGUUCGACGCAUCGCAAACCGUCCAACCUUACACACCCAUGAGCAGGGCCCCAUGGCCCACACCGAAGAAUCUCGAGACCCUGAUGACCGUCCUCUGACGGCAAGAUAAGACAUUUUCAGAAUCUGUGACGAUCCUCUCUCAGUUUUCUAUUUUCUUUCUACGAUAGACUAUAUUAUACCCUUCUUAUGACAAGCAGCAAUUCCAUUUUUCUUUCUUUCUCAUGUCAAGUACCAUGUAAUGUAUAUUUUGGAUAUUGUCACGUUGUCACUCUUUCAGACAUAGAUCUAUCGUCUUCCUCCCCCUUUCUACUUCUGCUUCCACUUUUCUUUAUUUUCUCUUGUGGUCUUCCAUUCUCUAACUCUUGUAAAUAUGCACUGUACUCACUCUAUCCUAGCGAACUGUAUACUAGUCAUAUAAUGUAUUACAUCGAAGCCCCAAGUUCUUGCAAGAUCUGUAGAAUCUUCAUUUCUUCAGCAUAGCUCCUAAGUUGGCGGCUGGUCUAACCCUCGUAAUCCAAUACACCAUUUGUUCAAUGAUUGAUUAUGUAUGGGGGAUAUAUCCAUCUACUAC